AUGAUGAUUCGACGAUAUUGUCACUUGAAAUCAGACAUAAUUGCUAAUGACAUUAAAUUGAAUUGUUCACUCAAGUUUCGUGUGUUUUUAUUGAUUUGUGAUAUAGGUAUACAAUCACAUAUUAAUAAACAGUCUAGGCAUUUAAGGUACUCAAUGUGGAUUGAUUUUUAUAUGCAAAUAUUGUGAGGAAUAUCAACAUUACAUUUUUUUGGUACUCCUAAUUACUAUGAUCACUUAAUUGCUCUAAAUAUUCCUGAUGGUACAAAAACAAUGAAAUUUAGAUCUUUGAGUAUAAGAAACGAGUUCCUUUAUAUUUUGCACAUAAAAUUUAUUGGAUUGCUAAUUGGAUUGUGCUUCUUAUUAUAGCCAUCAUGAUCUUGGAUUCUUAUGGCUAUUUAAACAACAUGCCUUAUAUGAUUUUUGGUAGAAUAAUCAUCAUAUCAAUUCUUUUGAUCUACACUCUCUUUUUUAGAAAGCAAGACUUAGCAGAAUUUGAAGAAUUGGGAUUUUUCAAUAGUGAAUUGCCAGACAUUGAUAUCUCUUCAUUAGAUUAGAAGUUGAGGAUUUCCACUAUAAAUAGUAUGAUUUCAUGAUUGAUUUAAGAUUUUUAAACACAAUUUUUUUCAGUGGAACUCUAAAAGAUUUGGAACAUUGUGGACAAUGAUAUUGAAAUUAAAAUGAACAUGUAAAUAAGAAUAUAUUAAUUUAGUCAUUUGAUUGAUAAAGAAAAGAGCAUAAAAUUGAAGAAGAGAGUCUCUCAAUUAUUUGAAAUGCAUCAACAAUUAAUCAUUGAAUGUUAAGCUUAUUUUGAAUUGCACAAUAAUGACUUACUUUAAUUAGAAUAUUUAAUUAGGUAGAUCUCAGAUAAUGCCGACUUAUAAUUAAUUAACAAUAUACAAAAAUACUUCAAUGUUUUGAUUAGUAAGGUUGAAUUGAUAUCCAAUACAUUUUUGGAUUUCAUUGAAUUUCCUCAACAGGAAAGAGAAUUGUUGAAUGAUAUCAAAUUAUAACACCGACAACUUCAUAAGUCAUCUCUGAUUAAGAAGCAAUAGAGCAGUCUCCCUUAUAAGAAAUGGGAAUUGCACAACCCCUAUAUUCCCUACAUGAAUGUGAAAAUCAAGGAGCAUCAAACAAUUAAGCAACAUGGAGAUUCCUAUAUCUAGUAUUCAAUAGCGAUCACAAUUAAUUCAGAAACUCUGAUGUCAUAGAAGAGAUUUAGAGAGUUUCAUGAGUUGAAUGAAUAAUUAAAAUAAUAAGGAAUCAAGUACUCAUCUUUAUUCCCACAAAAGAGUAUUGGAAAGUUAACUGAAGUGGAUUUAGAGGAACGAUAGAGAGAUUUAGAAAUCUAUUUAAAAGUAUUAUUAAAUGACAGAAAUAAUCAUGGCUGUUUGCCAUUAUUCAAAUUUGUAGGUUUGUCUGCAAAUUAAGAAUCCUUUUUAAAGAAAUAGUAUUCUCGUAUGCAAAGAGAUGUAGAGUAAGUAACUUAAUCUGCAGUCAAAUUCUUGUAAUAUGAUGAUGCUUCGGAUCAAAAUGGAGAUAAAUAUUAUAAAUAUCAAUUUUAGAUUAUCAACCAUAAUAUCUUUAAUUAAUAUCACAUCAUUUCUAAAAGAUACUCUUAAUUUCAUGAAUUACACAGUAUUUUGAAAAAGAGGUAAAUGUAUAUUCCUAUUAAUUGUACAAUAGGAUUCAAUUCUUGCCAUUAUUACCAUAAAAGUUGAGUGCCUUGUAACAGAAUAUCAAUCCAAAUCAGAGAAGUGGAUUGCUCCUUUAAUAUCUGAAUGAAUUGAUAAAGAAUCCAUUAGUUUGUGAGAACCCGCACUUUAGACAAUUUAUAGAUAUUCCCUUCUUUGCUUUUGAAUCUGAUGAAGUAACCUUAUCAGAAACAAAGAACUCGUUUAAUCAAAUCUUUAGGUCAUAAGGAAAUGAUUCAAUAAUUAAAAAGAUCGAUGAUAUGAAGGUAAGAUUAUGGGAUUGA